AUGGAAACUCAGAUUCUCGCCGCUUCAAGCAAAUAUCCUAAGCCUGCUAGUCAUAGCUUUGAGUAUGGCACGGCGGGGUUUCGAAUGCAUGCUUCCCUUCUUGAUAGUGUAACUUUUAGAAUUGGCCUUAUUGCGGCACUACGUUCUCGGAAAUUUGGUGGUCAGGCUAUCGGUGUCAUGAUAACUGCCUCUCAUAACCCAGCAGAAGAUAAUGGAAUCAAGAUUGUGGAUCCCAUGGGUGAGAUGUUGGAGAACAGUUGGGAAGAAUACGCCACAGAGCUUGCCAACGCAAACGAUAAUGCAGUAGCAGAGAUUUAUCAAACUUUACAAACAAAAUUAAAAAUCAACGAAAGCUCACCCGCAAAAGUCAUUUACGCGCGUGAUACUCGUGUAUCAGGCUCAAGAUUGGUCAAAGCGUUGAUCGAUGGCCUAACAGCUGCUGGAGCAACUUACACUGAUUUCAAACUAUUGACCACUCCACAACUUCAUUACCUUACGAGAUGCAUCAACACUCAAGGCACACCACAGUAUUACGGAGAACCAAGCGAGAAGGGAUAUUAUGAGAAGCUGGCAGAUGCAUUUGACCGAGCGGUAAGGGUAAGAAAAAUUAAGGGUUCCAUAACAGUGGACUGUGCCAAUGGCAUCAGUGGACCAAAAAUUGGAGAAUUAAUUAAGCACCUCCAAAACACAAAGACAAAUCUCGAAAUAAAGAUUACGAAUGACAAUGUUAUUCAACCAGAAACCUUAAACCACGAGUGCGGUGCGGAUUUUGUUAAAACUAGACAGCGUGCACCGCCAUAUCCUAGAAUAGUGAGUAAUCAACGCUGCUGCUCGUUUGACGGCGACGGUGACCGAAUUAUCUAUUAUUAUCUUGACCCCGAGACUGGAUUUCGGCUCCUAGAUGGCGAUAAGAUUUCAACAUUUUGUGCUUCGUUCUUCUGUGACCUUACUAAAGAAGCGCGAGUCUUCGAAGAGCUACGGAUUGGUGUUGUACAAACUGCAUAUGCAAAUGGUGCCUCAACAAAAUACAUCGAAAAAGCUCUUAAGCUCCCUGUCAAAUGUACAUCUACCGGAGUGAAAUGGCUUCAUCACGCUGCGACAAAAUUUGACAUUGGCGUAUAUUUUGAAGCGAACGGGCAUGGAACUGUCGUCUUCUCCCAACAAGCUCUCCGAGUUAUCAAUACCAAAAGUCCUGAAUCUCCAGCUCAGGCUACAGCUCUCGAAACCUUGAAGGCUUUGGCAGAUCUAAUCAACCAAACCGUUGGUGAUGCCAUAUCUGACAUGCUUUUGGUGGAGGUGAUACUUGCAUAUCGGUCAUGGACCCUAAAAGAAUGGGAUCUAACUUAUAAUGAUCUUCCAAACAGACUAGUUCGGGUCGAAGUUUCGGAUCGAAACAAAUUUAAAACAACUGAUGCCGAGCGAAAGUUGUCAGAACCAGAGGGUUUACAAGCAGAAAUAGAUACAUACGUUAAGAAAUACACGGAGGGUAGGGCUUUUGCAAGGGCUUCUGGCACCGAAAAUGUUGUUCGAGUCUAUGCUGAGGCAGCAACGCGAAUUGAGGCCGAUGAUUUGGCUAGUAAGGUCGCCAUGCUCUGCCGCAUGUAUGCCCCAGCAAAGUCAUCAAGUAACGAAGCGCACAAGGAUAUGAAAUAUGGUUAUGCGGAGAGGACUUAA